AUGGCUCGGCGAAUGAACCUACUGAACAUAGAAAAGAACAUACAGAACCUGUGGAAGGAACAUAAUGUGUACGAAAAGGAAUUCGCCGAAAACAGCGAGACGAGGUUCACGGGUAAUUUCCCCUACCCAUAUAUGAAUGGCUUGUUACACAUAGGGCACGCCUUCACGUUGAGCAAGUUGGAGUUCCUCGUGCGCUACAAAAAUAUGACGUGUCAGAAUGUGCUGCUUCCAUUUGCUUUCCACUGCACGGGCACCCCGAUCGUUGUGUGUGCCGAUAAGUUAAAGAACGAGUUGAAGGGCAAAGUGCUGGGGAACUCCCCAGAGGGUAGUAAAAAGGAGGUCAGCGAUGGUAGCCCAGUGGGGGAGGCAAAUGCGGUUGCCACUCCCCAGCCGGAGGAAGAAGCAGGCCAAACGAAGCAGACAGACAAGGCAAAACCCGCAGACGCGACGAAGCAGACAGACGCAACAAAACCCACAGACGCAACGGUCUUCCGGUCGAACAAAAGCAAAGCCCAGUCUAAAGGGUCCAAGCAAAACACGCAGUACGAAAUUAUGAAGCAAAUGGACAUAAGCGACGAAGAAAUACACCACUUUCAGAAUCCGCAAUAUUGGUGCUAUUAUUUUUCCACGAAAGCGAAGGAGCAUUUGAAUUCUUGGGGCCUCUUCUGCGACUGGAGGAGGUCCUUCAUCACGACCAACAUGAACCCCUAUUACGACAAGUUUGUCAAUUGGCACUUUAAUACCCUCUAUAAGAAGAACCUAAUUUAUUACGGAAGCAGAAUCACCAUUUUCAGCCGAGUGAACAACCAGGCCUGUGCAGACCAUGAGAGGUCCGAAGGAGAAGGAGUCAAGUGCCAAGAGUUUACCCUCAUCAAAAUAUAUGUGCAUGAUUAUAAGGAGUUUUACCAAAUUUAUUUAAAAAAUGUAAAUACGAAUUCCUCUUGCGAAAAAGGAGACGAUUUUUUAAAAAAUAAAAUUAUGAGUGAAAAUUUUUUUAGCCAAAAAAAAAUUGUCCUUCUGGCGAGCACCCUAAAACCAGAGACGGCUUAUGGGCAGAAUUACACCUUCGUGAAUCCGGGUGAAUAUUACUACGUCACCUUAGGGUUCAGCAAGCAGAGGCUGCACUACGGGGAUAAGAACUACGUGAAUAAUGUGAUGACGAAGGAGGAGAUUGCCAACGUGUGCGAAAAUGUCUACAUCUGCUCGGAGAACAGCCUGUACAAUUUGGCCUACCAGGGCGUAAUACCGAUGCUGCGCGGGGGGGCCAAGUGGAGCGGUCAAGCGAUUGGCCAGGCAAGCGGCCAAACGAGCGGUCAGGCUAACUGCCAAGCGAUUGGCCAACCGCUUGGCCAAACCACCGCGCAGACCACCGCCCCGCCGAAGUGCUUCCCCGAGGCGUCCAGCCCGCGCGGCGGAGAAGACGCCCUCCCCCCCCUGGGCGACCUCCUCAUCCUGAUGAAGGUCAAGGGGGAAGACCUGGUCGGCCUGAGGACCUACUCAAACCUUUCCCCCAACAAGGACCUGUACAUUCUCCCCAUGACCACCAUCAAAAUGAACAUCGCCACGGCGAUCGUUCCAUGCGUGUCGAGCGAUAGUGCAGACGACUAUGCCUGUCUGCAGGAUAUAAAAAGGAAGCAGGCAUACUACUGUGAAAAGUACAAUCUGAAGGAGGAAUUCCUGCACAAUGAAAGCUGCUCCUGCAUUCAGUUGCCAGAAAUCGGGGCCAACACGGGCAAGUACUUCUACGAAUUAGAGAAAAUAUCCUCCUAUAAGGAUGCCAAGCUACAGAAGGUUAAGGAAAGCCUAUACAAGAAGCAAUAUUUUGAAGGCACCAUGACGGUGGAACCGUACCAGGGUAUGAAAAUUUACCACUGCAGGAAGAUGGUCAAGCAGUAUAUAGUAAAGAAUAAUGAGGGCUUCCUUUACAGCGAGCCGGAGGUGCUUGUCAUCGAUAGGAACAACGUCAAGUGCAUCGCUGCUUUGUGCAAUCAGUGGUACAUCAACUACGGAAAUUUGGACUUCAAAAAAGACGUGCUGAUUCAGAUGAAGAAGAACAACUUCCAGGCGUACAAUGAGGUCCUGCAGAAGCAGCUGCAGCACGUGAUUUUUUGGCUGGACGACUGGUCCUGCAGCAGGGCCUACGGGCUGGGCACCCUCAUGCCCGAUUUUAAUGCGUUACAGGGGGGGAGAAGCGGGGAAGGGGCGAUGCAGCAGGGGGGAAGCGGAGAAGGGGCCGCUAACCACGGGGAAAGCGCAGAGGAAACCGCGGAAGGAACCGCGGAAGGGAGCGCCGCCCAACCCGGCGCCGAGGCCGAGAAGGAGCUGAUUGAAAGCCUGUCAGACUCGACCAUCUACAUGGCGUACUACACGAUCAGCCACUUCCUGCAGGGCAACGUGGACGGAAGCGAGCGCGGCCUGCUGGACAUCGACGCGGCGGACCUCAACGAUGCCUUCUUCAACUACGUCUUUGACAUUAGCGAAGAAACGGAAAGGGUCAGCAAAAAUAUUAGUGCCGAAAAGCUGCAAAGAAUGAGAAGGGAGUUUCAAUACUGGUACCCCUUCGACGUAAGGAUAUCGGGCAAGGACCUAAUAUUUAACCAUUUGACCAUGGCCCUAUUCAACCACGUAGCCAUUUGGGGAAAAAAAACAUACAGCAAUAAGCAGAAGGAGACGAACGAUGAUAAGAGCAUCUUAGAAAGACAAGGAGAAAUACUCAACGAAAUUGAUCAACUGGAUUUGGAUGCAUACGAAACGGUUAAAUAUUUCCCCAAAUCAUUUUUCUGCAAUGGACAUGUGCUAGUAAAUAAAGAGAAAAUGUCCAAAAGUAAGGGCAAUUUUAUUACCCUAAAGCAGAGUAUAAAUCUGUAUACAAGUGAUGGGACCAGGAUAGCCCUGGCAGAUGCAGGCGAUUCAAUUGAAGACGCCAAUUUUAACACAGACACGGCGAACAGUGCCAUCAUGAAACUAUACAAUUUGAUUAACUUCUCCAUCGAAACGAAAAAUAAUGUGUACAUUUUUAGAUGCGGAGAGAAAACCUUUAUAGAUUCUAUUUUUGAAAAUGAAAUUAAUUACCUGACCAAUAAAUGUAAGGAGGCGUAUGAGAAGCUGCUCUUUAGGGACGUCCUCAAAUAUGGGUUCUACGAUAUGUUGCUGAAGAGGGACACCUACCGAAUUAUGUGUGAUAAGAUUCACAUGCAUAAGGAGACUGUCAAUUUUUUUAUUGAAAGGAUUUGCCUGAUCGUUAACCCCCUGAUUCCCCAUGUGACGGAGCACAUUUGGACCUACAUUUUGAAGAAGGAGGACUUCCUCGUCAACCAGAAGUGGCCCUCCCAGGACGACACCAGCUACUCGAUCGUCAUGCACAAGCAGUACAACAACCUCCUCAACGUCGUCGAGAUUUUUAGGAAGUCCUACGAUAAGGUCAUCAACAAGAGUAACAAGCAGAGGGGGGGGAGAGGUGGUGCGGGUAGCGCUAAUGGAAGCGGUGGAGCUAGCGGUGGUGGAAGUGGAAGCGGGGCGAAGCGCGCGCCAGACGAGGGGGCAGCCGCCAACCAGGGGGCAGCCGCUAACCAAGGGGCUGCCGCCAACCAGGGAGCCGCCGCCCAGGGGGGAGAGGCCAACCUCGAAGCAGAAGCGUACAAGGAGGACGACGACGAGGGAACCAAAUUCAAGGCCAUCGUGUACGUCGCGAAGGAGUACAACGACACGCAAAAAAAAAUCAUAGAAAUUCUUAACCGAAUUAUUAAUAACAGUGAGGAUAAGAAGCUCCCCAGCAACUACAUCAACCUGUUGGUGCAAAACGAAUACGUCAAUAAGCUGCCCAAAAAUGAGAAGAAGGAAAUCCUCAGCUUCGCCACCUUCCUAGUCAAGGACAACGUCACACUCAAUAACAACCAGUACGAGCUCAGCCUCCCCUAUGAUGAAAUACAGCUAAUAAAGAACAACGUAGAAUUUAUAAGGAGGAGCCUAAACCUGGGCGACAUCCACAUCAUGGAGAAUGAUAGUAAGUCCCCCAUCGACGACACGGACAUUUAUAAGCUGGCCAACCCGGGCAACCCCUCCAUUUUUAUGUACACCACGGAGUUGUGA